CUAACCUCACCCACCGGCAACGUUGGAGGUAGAUUCCUCAUGUUUGUAUUAUUUUGACAUUGUUCUACCCCUAUGAACGAGGGAGAGAGUGUCUGAAAAAGAAAACACAGGACGUGUGAGUUCUUAUCUCACCAAUGUGCUUAACCUAACGUUUCCAGUCAAAGAUCUCAAGAGUUUUUACAAGAUUCUUGAGACCUGAAUCCAAUGGAUUCUCAGCCAGAAAUGAAAAAAUCCACUUAAGAUGACACACCCUCUUGCUCUUAACAUAAUCGGUUUAUGCUAAUUCAACCAAGAUCCCAUUUUUACCUCAAAGUUGACUUUUUGCCAUUCUGCGCCCCUUUACAAAUCUGAAGUUGGUUCCAUCUAAAUGCCCAUUCAUAGCAUCUCCUAGCUAGAUUCCAUAUGAUGGGUGCUGAAGAAAAACUCCCAAUACAAGACGAUGAAGUUCAAGACAGUCAGCAGCCAAAGAAUGGGAUUUGGAGCUCUUUUUUGGCUCCAAUCUACUGGUUAAGAAUGCUCGCAAAGGAAUUACAUUGGAGUUUUGUGUUUGGGGUAGUAAUUGUGUACGGAAUGAGCCAAGGACUUGGUGGUUCUCUUUCGAGGGUUGGGACAGAGUAUUAUAUGAAGGAUGUUCAAAAAGUGCAGCCUUCUGAGGCUCAGGUUUACACUGGGAUUACUUCUAUACCUUGGAUAGUGAAGCCUAUAUGGGGCCUUCUAACUGAUGUUGUCCCAAUUGCUGGGUAUUAUCGGAGGCCUUAUUUCGUGUUCGCUGGUUCCCUUGGGGUCAUUGCAAUGCUUUUUAUAUCACUGCAUAAGGGUCUCCAUAUAGUACUGGCCUUACUUGCGCUGACAUCAGCAAGUGCCAGCGUGGCGAUUGCUGAUGUCACCGUCGACGCCUGCGUGGCACAGAAAAGCGGCGUUCAUUCUGCAUUAGCAGCUGACAUGCAGAGCCUGUGUGCUUUGAGCUCGUCAAUUGGGUCGCUCGUGGGAUUCGCCAUUAGUGGUAUCUUAGUUUACUUAAUCGGUCCCCAGGGUGUGUAUGGCUUGUUGACUAUACCAGCUGGGCUCGUGUUGAUAGUUGGUGUUUUGCUCAAGGAGCCUCGGGCAUCCAGCUUUGCUUAUGAACAGAUAAACCAGAGCUUUUUGAAUGCCGGCAAAUCUAUGUGGAAGACAUUGAAAUGCCCGGAAGUGUGGAGACCGUGUCUGUACAUGUACUUGUCAUUUUCGUUGAAUCUAAACAUCUCUGAAGGGAUGUUCUAUUGGGCGACAGAUUCCAAAACCGGACCCAUGUUUUCUAAGGAAAUAAUUGGCUACAUCAUGGCAGUUGGCUCCAUAGGUUCCCUCCUAGGGGCCAUCCUGUACCAAUACGGGCUAAAGGACUACCCUUUCCGGAACCUUCUUCUGUGGGCCCAGCUGCUUUCCUGCCUUUCAGGCCUGCUCGACCUUGCGCUGGUCCUCCGUUGGAACCUGAGGCUCGGCAUACCGGAUCAUUUCUUCGUGGUGGUCGAUUCUGUUGUGUCACAGCUGAUCGGUCGACUCAAGUGGAUGCCGCUGCUAGUCUUGAGCUCCAAGCUUUGCCCGCGUGGCAUUGAGGGCACGUUUUUCGCCCUCCUAAUGUCGAUCGACAAUUCGGGCCUGCUGACGUCAUCGUGGUUGGGAGGGCUGCUGCUGCACGUGCUGGGCGUGACGAGGACGAGGUUCGGGAAUCUUUGGGUGGCGGUUUUGGUGAGGAAUUUGAUGAGAGUUAGCCCGCUUUUUUUCCUGUUUUUGGUCCCGAGAGUGGAGGCUGCGGGCCCGGUUAUCGAGGCGGAGGAGGAUAUCGAGCUUGAGGCGCUUGUGGAGAGUAGGGAAGGGUGAGUUUUUGUGGACCUC